CCUCUCUGAAAUCCAACUCGCAAAAUUUCGGUGUUCGAGCCUGACCAAAGCAAUUACAGACGCCCUGCCUCACGAUCGCGCUGCGAAUUUCCUCACAGUCCCCCCUCCAUCCCGCAGCAACCAUGUCGUCCACCCAGAGCGUGCAGUGCUUCGGCAAGAAGAGAACCGCCACCGCCGUUGCCCAGUGCAAGGCUGGCAAGGGCCUCGUCAAGGUCAACGGCAAGCCUCUCUCGCUUGUCCAGCCCGAGAUCCUCCGCUUCAAGGUCUACGAGCCCCUCCUUGUCCUUGGCCUUGACAAGUUCGCCAACAUCGACAUCCGCGUCCGCGUCACCGGUGGUGGUCACACUUCCCAGAUCUACGCCAUCCGUCAGGCUAUCGCCAAGUCGGUUGUCGCCUACUACCAGAAGUUCGUCGACGAGCACUCGAAGAACAUGCUCAAGCAGGCCCUCGUCCAGUUCGACCGCACCCUUCUCGUCGCCGACAACCGCCGGUGCGAGCCCAAGAAGUUCGGUGGUAAGGGUGCCCGCUCCAGAUUCCAGAAGUCCUACCGUUAAGCGGUACGCGUCGGAUGGUUUCUUUUUCUUGCCCGAGCGGUGGUGGGGAAGAAGGGAUGUGCAGCACAACACCUUUGGGGGAAGCGCUGCGGGUUUCCGGGUCCGGCAUUUGGUGUUUCCCGCGAAAAAUAUUUGGCAGUUACUGUUUUACGGGGGAGUCAAACGUGGAUCAAAAGAUCUGGUUCGUCCUUCUCGCGUCUCUAGGGAAAUGGACCGGGAGUUCGGCCAGAGCUCGACACAUGGGGUUCAGGUCGUGCGUGGGGUUCUAGCAUCGCGCUGUCGUUCCCUCCGCCGCCGCGCCCCCGUCGAUGCAAUUGCAUGGCAUGCCUCGCGGUAUCGCUGCUUGGCUUGGUUUGUAAAAGGGUCAGGCAGGCAAAUGAAACAUUGAAACUUCAUGACACGGCGUUUUGGGCUCGAGUUAUGCGCGUGCUGUGUUUCUUUUCUCUUCCCUUUCUCUCUCUUGUCGUUGUGGCU